AUGCGACGCCGCCGCCGCCUGGCCGGGCUCUGCCUGGCGCUGCUCUGCGCCGCCGCCGCCGCCUGCAUCGGGGCGGCUUCGGCCCCCCGGUCGCUGCCGGCCGCGCCCGGGCCGGCGGGGGCCAAGCGGGCCGGCGCCGUCGACCCCCGCGACGCCUGGACGCUGCUGGUGAAGCGCUCCGACAGCGGCAAGGCGCGGGACGGGGCCAAGAAGGGCCAGGUCGGCAUGCCGGGCGCUCCCGGCCCCCCCGGGGCACAAAUGACAGCGGAAGAGCUGCUGCGGGAACUCCAGCGCCUGCUCAAAGGCAGAGCAAAGGAGAGGCAGAAGAUGAGCACGAAGGCUUGUGAAGGGUGCGAGGAAGACAAGGCAAGCGGUGAAGCCAACGUCCUGGCCUUCGUCCCCAGCCCGCUGACGAGGAAUGGGCCUCGUCAUCGCGUGGAAGCAGCCUUCCACUGCAGGACGCGUAGGAACAUUUCUGUGGAGCAGAGAUCGCUGCAGGAGCUGCAGAUCUACUACAUACCCGAGAGGGAAGGGAUGUUCCACCGCGGCCUGGGGCUGAACCUGACCAGCGGCCAGUACACAGCGCCUGUCACAGGCUACUACACCUUCACGGCCACCCUGCACAUCGUGCACAAGGACCACCAGAGGAAGGGGCAGCAGUGCGCUCGAAAUCGCCUGCGGGUGCUGAUCUGCGUGCAGUCUCUGUGCCAGCACGACAGCUCUCUGGAGACCGUGUCCCGGCUGGAGAGCGGCGGUGACAUCUUCACCGUCUCUGUCAACGGAGUUCUGUACCUGCAGGCUGGCCAGUAUGCCUCAGUUUUCGUCGACAACGCCGCACGCUCUCCCCUCACUGUUCAAAGUGGCUCAGAUUUCAGCGCUGUUCUCCUGGGGGUGUGAAAAAGCUCGGGACACCGCACACAGAUCCAGGCCUCUCAGCCAGGACUGACCAGACCCUUCCGCCUGCCAGCGACAACUCCAUCUCCCCUGCUCACUGCCAGGACCGGGAAAGACCUUCUGCUACAGCAGGAGCAGCAGGCUGGCCAGAUCCUACCACAGGACCCAGCUGUCUGAGAAGCCGGAAGAAAGUCGGUGAGGAAAGGAAAUAAAUAAAUAAAUA